UAAAAACAGCAUUAAGAAAAAAAGCACAGACACUUUUUGCAGUAGUAUUGGUCAUUUAUUGUGGUUUAUGACACUCGGAGCAGACAUUUAUUUAAGUAGACUUACAAAACACGAUGGCUGAUGGUGAGAAUUUUGAAGGGGAUGCUGAGGUCCCACCGGUCCCUGAGCCACAGCUCCCAAACACUACUGCAGCUGGUCGUAACCUGAGAGGAUGGCUUCAGGAGCAGUUCGGUAGGCCUCUGGAACAGUGUGAGGACAUGAGUCUACAUAACGCUGCCCAUGUAGGAGACCUAGACACUCUCAAGACCCUCCUACAAGAAGACCGCUUCAAACAGCAGAUUAAUGAGAAGUUGAUUUGGUCCUGUGGUUGGCUGCCCUGCACGCCGCUGCGUAUUGCUGCCAUGAUGGGUCACAGCGAGUGUGUGGAGUACAUGAUCUCUCAGGGAGCUGCAGUGGACCUGGUGGAUGUGAAGGGUCAGACCGCUCUGUACAUGGCUGUGGUUAAUGGACACCUGGACUGUGUGAAGAUCCUUUUGAAAGCCGAUGCUGAUCCGAACGGCAGCAUUCAUCACCGGAGCACCCCAAUAUACCACGCUGCACAAGUGGGCCGAGUGGACAUUCUAUUAGAGCUGAUCAGGUUCAAUGCUGAUGUUGAUAUUGACCAGCGGUUGGAUCAGAGGUCUAUGUUCGGCAUGCACACUUUGACAACUCUGGCAGCCUGUCCACUGUUCAUCAGCGCUGCUUACCAUCACUUCCCCUGCUUCCGGAUGCUUCUGAAUGCCGGUGCCAACCCCAACUACAACUACAAUGGCCCCGUGAGCAGGGAAGCGCUGGUAAGGGGCCGGGCCUGCUGUAUGCUGGAUGCAGUUCUGAAACUCGGAUGUGAACCAGUCUUCGUUAGCUUGCUGCUGGACCACGGCGCUGACCCGUAUCUAGUCCCCUGGGACGAGCUCGAUCCUGACACCAUGGUUCGCUUAAAAGUCAACGCUGAAGCCCUUCACAUCUACCAGGAAGCCAAAAGAAACCCGAGGAGAUUGAUGAACCUGUGCCGCAUUACUAUCCGGGAGAUCAUGGGCAAGAAGCGUCUAUCAUGUAUCUCUUCCCUUCCGCUGCCUGAAACCAUCAUAAAAUUUAUGUUUCACAAGGACUGACCAUGUAGACGGUCGAUUAACUGAAGGGUGCAAGUGACCUCUCGCUCUCCAACACUACUUACACCAGUGACUUCCACUAGACUGGCUGCUGUGAUGGCAAGGUAAUUACAUUUUUCUGUGUUGAUUUUGGGGGACGUCUGUGGAAUGGAUUCCUGGUAAAAAUUAGUUAAAUGGAGCUGAGAGUACUGUACUCUUAUUGUGAGAUGAAUGCAUAAGCAUAUUAGCAAAAAUGUUUAAUAUAUGCGCUGCUGCUGCCAUUUUAAGAGAGUUUUACAUACUCUUCUUUGCACUGUGCCAAAGAACACGAUUACCUGUAGUAAAAUCACUGUAACGCACUGCCUUUUGUGGCUCAUUGCUUUAACGGAGGACAAUAUUGAA